GUCWGGAUUCUGUGAGUCUUAGAUUGAGUCAGUAGGUCUGUCAGUCAGGGGUUGACGUCUACGUGGUGAGGUUUGRAACCACUAACYYGGUUGUACACUUAUCACCAUGGUUGAGACCCRUAGUGGGAAGGAGACUAGCCCCUACACCACUGAGCAGCAAGAAAAGAUGGCCGCCUUAGUAAGAGAGAAUAAGGAGAGGAAAGAGCGUGAAAAGCAAGYCAAGCUAAAGGCUAUCGCAGACGAGCAGGCRGCGAAGAUGAAGAGAUUGGAGGAGGAGUUGAAGAGGGUACAACAGGAGGAGGAAGAAAGAAGGAAGGCUGSUGAAGCAGAAGCGGCAGCAGAAGAAGAGAAAGAGAGAAUGAGAAUUGAGAGUGGGGAAGGAAGUAACGAGGAGGCAAAGUCAUAUGUGACUAAGGAUGAGAAGACUGCACUGACCGCUGAGUUAGCAGCCAUGACGGACCCGAUGGAACGAAGAGAGAGGGAAGACGAGCAAAAGUUAGCAUGGAAGCUGAGAAUGAAGAGGGAGAAGAAGAGGAGGAGAGAGGAAGUGAAUAAGAUGACCGCAGCAGUGACAAAGGUGCAGGAGUGUAGAGCGGAGGUGCUGGCCCAGCCAGAUGAUAAGGCCAAGUGGGACAAAGUACUGGGCUAUCUAGAGGUGUUGAGCAAGGCCUGGAUGGAGGAGCGCCAGGCAAGUUGGAGCCAGGAUGUAGCGUUGAGUGUCAUGCGGUCCGGGUUCAGGGAUUUUGCGCACGAAAUCGUCACCCACAUUGGGGGCGAAGUCAAACAGUUGAGGGACAACGUAGGGAAGUUUUGUGAGGGCGUCAUUCAGGGUGCCAAAGCUGCAGCCGCUGUAGAAGGAGAGGCCAGACCCCGUAAGGACCCAGUGAAACUUAAGUUCCCAGACGCGUACAGGGGAAAGAAGGACGAGAACUUUGACAACUGGGAGACCAGUGUCAAUAGUUACAUUUAUUUACAGCAUAUCCUGAUGGAGAAGCAAGUCCUCGUGGCCUUCCAGGCCCUGAAGGACGAAGCGGCUAGCUUCGCCAGGUCUCUCGCGCGUACAGCCGAUUGUGAAAACAACCUGGUUGCGUAUUCCAAAGUCACUCCUCUUUUCCAAUUCCUCAAGCUCCUCAAGGAGCGGUUCGCUGACCCAAAACGAGGCAUUAGAGCCUCUGAUAAACUCCAAACGAUCCACUCUCGGCAGUGGAGGAGUGCUAAGGCACUCAAGGGUACUAUGGACGACUUGGUAGCCGUCCCGGACCACGGGGUCACUGAGCCCCAACUGGUCCAGUUGUUUUAUCGUGCCAUUCCAGAGGCCCUACGCGGGCAUUUCUUUGACAAAUCUCAGCAGGCCGGCAUGACUUACGAUGCAUUGAGUAGGGAAGUCGUCCUGUAUGAGUCGAACUCUAUGCCAGAAAAGGAUAGUUCCACAGAUCCAACAAUUGCCAAGCUGCUGGAAGAAUUCAAAGACUUGACUGAGUUGCCGACAGGAGUAGUGUCGCGACCCAUCCAGCACAAGAUAGAGAUAGAGCCUGGCAGUAGAACUCCUAAGGGUGCAGUCUACAGGAUGUCCCCYAGAGAGUUAGAGGAGCUUCGCAAGCAGUUAGACGAAUUCCUUGAGAAAGGUUGGAUGAGGCCUAGUUCGUGUCCUUUUGGAGCACCCGUUUUGUUUGUCCCCAAGAAGGAAGGAGAGCUGAGAAUGUGUAUAGACUAUAGGGGWUURAAUGCGAUMACCGUGAAKAAUGYUSAGCCGCUGCCCAGGAUAGACGAUCUUUUAGAUCGGGUGCAGGGUUGUAAGUAUUUCUCUAAGAUAGACUUAAAGUCCAGAUACCAUCAGAUAGAAGUCCAUCCUGAUGAUCAGUACAAGAUAGCAUUCCGGACUAGAUAUGGGCACUAUGAGUUUAUAGUGAUGCUCUUUGGACUAACCAACGCGCCAGCCACUUUUCAGCGUUGUAUGAAUGACCUGUUUAGACCAUGGUUAGAUAAGUUUGUAGUAGUCUAUCUAGACGAUGUCCUAGUUUUUAGUAAGACCCUCCAAGAGCAUCAGGGUCAUCUGAGGCAGGUCUUGGAGAAGCUUAGAGAGGCUAACUUCAAGAUCAACGUGAAAAAGUGUGAGUGGGCCAAGACACAAGUUUUGUACUUGGGCCACGUAUUAGACGGAGAUGGCAUCAAGCCAGAGGACAGCAAGAUCGCGGCGAUUAGAGAUUGGCCAACGCCCCGCAUACUGACAGAGUUGCGGUCAUUCCUAGGCUUAGCUAACUACUAUAGGAAAUUCGUGAGGAACUUCUCUACUAUCGUCGCUCCCUCGCGCCGAUUGCUGAAGAAAGAGGCAAUCUGGCAAUGGGACAAAGACUGUACGUCUGCGCUCAAGAAGCUAAAGCGCGAGUUAAUAGAAUAUCCUGUCCUCAAAGUUGCAGAUCCGUCUUUGCCAUUUAUCGCCACCACGGACGCGAGUCAGUAUGGGAUAGGCGCCGUGUUGCAGCAAGACGACGACAAUGGCUAUAGACCCGUAGAGUCCAUGUCAGCGAGGAUGCCUUGUGAAAAGGUUGCUACGUCCACGUACGAGAGAGAACCCUACGCUCUCAGGCAGGCUUUAGAUCAUUGGAAGCACUACCUGCUUGGGAGGCACUUCAAAGUGUAUUCGGACCACUAAACGCUUAGAUGGUUAAAGUCUCAGGCCAAGAUGACACCUAAGUUGACUAGGUGGGCCGCAGAGAUAGACCAAUUCGACUUUGAGCUCAAGCCAGUAAAGGGCAAGUACAAUG